AUGUGCAGGUUCAUGAUAUUCAAAGGAAGGGAGCUGAUGGUUCUAUCAGACCUACUAACGAAACCGGCUCAUUCCAUAAUCAACCAAUCAUUUGAUUCGAGACUACGGUUAGACAUGCGUAACCCAAUUAAUGGUGAUGGAUUUGGUGUAGGAUACUACACUGAACACAAUGAACCUUGCAUCUUCAAAGCUAUCACACCAGCUUGGAAUAAUGUCAACUUGAAUAACUUAUCUCAAUGUACGGAGUCAGAGUUGGUUUUCGCUCAUGUAAGGGCAUCAACACAAGGGGUAUUAUCAGAAACAAACUGCCAUCCAUUUAGCUAUGGCAAGUUGAUGUUUAUGCAUAAUGGCGGUAUUUCAUGUUUUCAUUUGAUCAAAAAGAAGCUUAUAAACCACUUAGAUGAUAAAUAUUUCCUCUAUAUACAAGGAUCAACUGAUUCGGAAUGUUGUUUUGCCUUGUUUCUUGACACUUUGGACAAGAUGGGGUUUGACCCACUGUCAAGAGAUACAAAGUUUUCACACACGAUUUUGAAAAAGGCUAUUUUGAAAACUAUUGAGUUAAUCAAAAAUUGGCAAACCGAAGUAACAUCGGAGCCAUCGUUGUUGAAUUUUGCAGCCACUGAUGGAGAAUCAAUUGUUGUGAGUAGAUACAUUACGUCAAAGACCGAUGAAGCUGCAUCGUUACAUUUCAGCACCGGUUCCAAGUUUUUUGAAUACCAACCGGGUCUAUUUAAAAUGGAGAGAUUAAACCGAUCACAAGACGUCAUUUUCGUCUCGAGCGAGCCAUUGACAUUUGAAAGAGGCGACUGGUUGUGCGUACCGACAAACACAUUAAUCACCAUCACUAACAAAAACACAGUGUUGAUGCACCCUAUAGAAGAUGAAUUUUACGAUGGCGGUGUUGGUGAAAGAUCAUCUGGAUUUGCCAUGAGUAAAGGCUUGAUGGGAGGAGUGCCACCAUCGGAGGAAGACCACACUCAAGAGAAUGGAAUCAACGGCAAUGGCAACACAAUCAUGCAGCAAGUACCACCUCUUGAAAGAGAGGGAAGAGCUAACUUUAAAGCAGCGGUCCAUUAA